GUCCUGGCGGCGGGCGGGCGGGCGGGCGGGGGGCGCGGGGAGGGCGCCAUGGGGCCGCGCGCGCGGGGCUGGGGGCUGCUGCUCGCCGCCGCCGCGCUGGCCGCCUGCGCCCGCGGGGACGCGCCCGCCCGGGGCCGCAGCUGCGCCGAGGUCCGCCGGGCCUACGGGGCGCGCGGCUUCAGCCUGAGCGACGCGCCGCAGGCCGAGAUCUCGGGUGAGCACCUGCGGGUCUGCCCCCAGGGCUACACCUGCUGCACCAGCGAGAUGGAGGAGAACCUGGCCAACCGCAGCCGGGCGGAGCUGGAGGCCGCGCUCCUGGACAGCAGCCGCGCCCUGCAGGCCAUGCUGGCCACCCAGCUGCGGGCCUUCGACGAUCACUUCCAGCACCUGCUGAACAGCUCGGAGCGGGCCCUGCAGGAGGCCUUCCCCGCGGCCUUCGGGGAGCUGUACGCCCAGAGCGCGCGGGCGCUGCGCGAGCUGUACGCAGACCUGCGCCUCUACUACCGCGGCGCCCACCUGCACCUGGAGGAGACGCUGGCCGAGUUCUGGGCCCGCCUGCUCGAGCGCCUCUUCCCGCAGCUGCACCCGCAGCUGCUGCUGCCCGACGACUACCUGGACUGCCUGGGCAAGCAGGCCGAGGCGCUGCGGCCCUUUGGGGAGGCCCCGCGCGAGCUGCGCCUGCGUGCCACCCGCGCCCUGGUGGCCGCCCGCGCCUUCGUGCAGGGCCUGGGCGUGGCCGGCGACGUGGUCCGCAAGGUGGCCCAGGUGCCCCUGGGCCCCGAGUGCUCGCGGGCGGUCAUGAAGCUGGUGUACUGCGCGCACUGCCUGGGGGUGCCCAGCGCCCGGCCCUGCCCUGACUACUGCCGCAACGUGCUCAAGGGCUGCCUGGCCAACCAGGCCGACCUGGACGCGGAGUGGAGGAACCUCCUGGACUCCAUGGAGCUCAUCACCAACAAGUUCUGGGGCCCGUCGGGGGCGGAGAGCGCCAUGGGCAACAUGCACCUGUGGCUGGCAGAGGCCAUCAGCACCCUCCAGGACAACAAGGACACACUCAAGGACAAGGUCAUCCAGGGCUGCGGCAAACCCAGGGUGAACCGCCAGGGCCCGGGGCCCGACGAGAAGCUGCGGCGAGACAAGCUGGUGCUGCCAGAGAAGCCGCCCUCGGGGACCCUGGAGAGGCUGGUCUCUGAGGCCAAGGUCCAGCUCCGUGACGCCCAGGACUUCUGGACCAGCCUCCCCGGGACGCUGUGCAGCGAGAAGCUGGCCGUGAGCACAGCCAGCGAGGACCGCUGCUGGAACGGGAUGGCCGUGGGCCGGUACCUCCCGGAGGUGAUGGGUGACGGCUUGGCCAACCAGAUCAACAACCCCGAGGUGGAGGUGGACAUCACCAAGCCGGACAUGACCAUCCGCCAGCAGAUCAUGCAGCUGAAGAUCAUGACGAACCGGCUGCGCAGCGCCUACAACGGGGACGACAUGGACUUCCAGGACGCCAGCGACGACGGCAGCGGCUCCGGCAGCGGCGACGGCUGCCCGGAUGACCUCUGCGGCCGGGGCGUCGGCAAGAAGAGCCCCGGCGCCAGGACGCCCCUGACGCGCGCGCGCCCGGGCCCGGCGGAGCAGGAGGGCCGGACGGCCUCGGCCGCGGGCUGCCCCGGGCCGGCCGCGCUCGCGCUGCUGCUCCCGGCGCUGCUGCUCCCGGCGCUGGCGCUCGCGGCGGCCGGCUCCGGCUCCGGCUCCGGCUCCCGGUAG